GCCGGCCCUGCGGUUGGACGGGCGUGGCUCCCUGGGGUCACCUGGCGCUGCCAGGUGCCGACCCUGCAGGCUGCCGCUGCGGCCCUCCUUCCUCUUCCUCCUCUCAGAGCCCCCGCCAGACGUCCCCACUUGCCCUGACGCCCGCUCCCACGCUCACGCACUCUCCCGAGAUGAGAAAGUUGAUCAAGCGAUUUGGCAGAAUUCACACCCUUGGUGACAGUCAGCUGUCCACGGCAAGAUUUGAACUGGAGUCUUUGGACCGUACACUCCCUCUGCUUCGAGUGUGUGGGAGACAUCUUGUCAGAAGAGACCCUCGACGGUGGCAUAUCGCUUCCCAGAGAAAACUGUCUUUUUGGAUAGCUGGAUAGUAAGCACGAUACUGGACACUGGUGACUGAGCAAGGAAUCGGAGACAGACCCCUGGUUUAAAGCAAGAACUCAGAGCUCCCGCUGGCUCUCUUCUGACCCCACAGAUCUUAUCUGUCUCAUAACAUCCCUAAGCGGUGGCGGGCUCAGGAUGGAAAGGAGCCAGGGACAGCCCUAAUCCACUUAGAAAGACCAUCUGGACUGAGAAGUAACCUCUGGAGGAGGCCGGGUAUAAGCAUGUAGAGAUACCAGUUUUCCGCCGAUUACUGCUUUUGCCGCAUCCCAUAGGUUUUGGUAGAGAAAACAAGCAUCGUUUUUUCCAUGUUACAUGUUCCACCAGACGUUCUGAAACUUGACUGAAGGAAAAAAAAAUGUUUGUUUCUCUGGGUAAUCACACCUUUCAGCCCCAGUCACAUCCUGGGCACCCAUCUCUAGAUCCCAGCUGCAUGGUCCUCUUAGUUAUACUUGUGAAAACAUUCCUCAACAUCCUGAUGAUAGCCAUUGGAAGAAAGGACACCCACCAAAGUUUUCUGGAAUAUUUUUGCGUGUCCGUAGCGCUCAUUGACUUCUUACUUCUGGGGGGCCUCUCUUUCAUAGCCUAUUUCCAGGACUUUGCCCUUUGGGGCAUCAGGUUUACAAAAUACCACAUCUGUCUGUUACCUCAAAUUAUGUCCUUUGCCUGCGGCUUCCUGCACUGCCCAGUUUUUCUUCUAGCCGGUCUGGAUCACUACCUGAACAUCUCGCAGACGUCAAAGGUCUCACGCUUCUGUCGGAACAUCUUUUACUUCUUUUCAGUCAUUUUCAUUUGGAUUGCAGCCCUUGUGUAUGUCUUGGGAGACCCUGUCAUCAACGUAAGCCUGAGCAAACACGGUCUUUCUUCCUACCAGUGCCCGUUCUACGUUAGCAUUCAGAGCUACUGGCUGUCGGUUUCCAUGGUGGGGGUCCUCCUGGUGGUUUUCGGGACUUGCUGGUCCGAAGUCCCGGCGCUGAUUCGGUCCCUUCGCAUCGCUUCCUACAUGAAUGAGACCGCCCUGUACUUUCCCCUUGCACCAGACUGGGAUCAUAUGGUCAUCUGUAAAAAGCAGCUCUUGAUCAAGCUUCUGAUCUGUUUUCUUGGAACAUGGUUCCCAUUCGUUUUCCUUCAGAUCAUCAUUCUGUUUCUGGACAUACGGAUUCCAGCCUACGUGGAGAUGAAUGUCCCCUGGUUGUAUUUUGUUAACAGUUUUCUCAUUGCCACGGUUUACUGGUUUAGGAGUCAUGAGCUUAAGGUAACAGAAACAGUUUUAUACAUGGACCCAUUCGUCAGCUGGAAAUUCUGCUUUAUUCCAUUUACAAUUCAUCAUAUGGAGCAAAUGGGAAAAGCUGAAGCAGUAACAGUCUGUUGAUUUGUUGCUGUGUUGGGUAAUGAAAGCCCAGAGCUCAUUUCACUGUGUGAUCAUCUUUGUAAAUGGAGCAGACGAGGAAAUGUGAGGGUGGCCAUCCAAGGACUGGCCACACUGAUGUUUGGGGCCAUGAGCUGAAAUGCACAGAUAGGAUUUGGAUCCUGAAAAUGUAAAGAGAUUUCAAUCCCCCACAAUUCCAGUGAGUCAGUAACCUUUUUAGAAUUUGCUAAACAAGAAAUAUUCUUUACACAUUUCUUUAAAAGGCCACAACUACCUUAGUUUUAUUCCAGGAAGUUUUGUACUUCAGAUGGAAAUUUGUUUCAGAGCUCAAAAAUAGAGGUAAUCUGAUUGGAGAGACUGACUGACUAUAUUAAUGUUUGUAUUACCCAGGAACCAAAUCCUUAGGUAAAUCACAGACUUACUGACAACUCUGCAGGUCUUCAUUAAACAUUUUUAAAAGGA